CCGCGCGCAUUGGCCGGGCACAUUGAAGCGAGUCUGACACGCUCCCCCCCUACCCCCAUGGCACUGUCAGGCACCCAGCACACAGCCCAGUCCGGCUGUGACUCUCACGCACAGCGACGUCGUUGUGUCCGCUCAGCUCCGCUAACAGCACUUGCCCUCACCCCCCUCCAACAACUCUGUUGAAGGCUAUACGGGGGAGCUUUGUCCUUUUGUCUACUCUGCGGUGUGAGCCCGAAUCAGCUGUCCGCCCGUCCGAGUUCUGAACUGCCGAGUGAAGAAACAACAACAACAAAACAACAACAACAACCACCACCAAACAAAGAGUUCAAGGAAGAAACUAAAACUAUCGGUGGAAUCGCAAUGUUUAGAUAUUGCUAGGAUGUUUACUGAAAUAUAAUGAUGCUAGAGCGAUCAACAUGCCUUGUGUGUUGGAGAUGAUGAGUUAAAUAGGGUACUAUAUUUAAGUAAAUAGUACUAUACUAUACUAACUAUCAAUAUAAUAACAUAAAUAUACAAGUUAAAAGUUAGUUAAAUGUGAAUAAUAUAUUAUUUUUUUUAAAGCUACAAUUGUAAUAGUCGCAGGUGUAAAACUGCCCAACGUACAAAGUAGAAGACAUUCAAAUCAACAUCGUUUGUUUUUGUUGCUUGUUUAUUUACAUUCUACGAUAUGAAUAUACCGUAUAAUUAACACGCAUUUAACCCGAAUAUAAACUUAACUGCAUUUUCACAAAAUAUAAUACAACUAACUACAGUCAUAUAUCGUACACAAACAUAUUUCGCGCGCAAAUAUAUAAACCCGAACAAUUGAAAUAAAAUUUAAAACAACCACCACCAACCACAGCAGCAGCAACAGCAACAACAACAGAAGUAUAAACGAUGCAAUAAAAGACAGAAUUAGAGAUCGAAACGACGGCGGUCAAUAAUUGCCCGAUGAACUAAAGAACAGCGACUUCAGCUGCCCUCUCAACGACCCAGAAAGUGCCCCAAGGUGACACAACGUCUGGGAGGCUCGACAUUGAGCACGUGGUGAGCUGGAAGCCACGCCCACUGUCGGCCCCGCCCACUUUUUUGUGACGUCACCACGCCCACUGCCGACCCCGCCCACUUUUUUGUGACGUCACCACGCCCACUGCCGACCCCGCCCACUUUUUUGUGACGUCACCACGCCCACUGUCGGCCCCGCCCACUUUUUUGUGACGUCACCACGCCCACUGAACCGCAAGCACUGCCCAAACGCGUUGUGAGUGGCCGCCUCCCCCUCCCCUCGUUCCUUUCCGCUCCUUCUGCUCAGAGGCUCCAACAGACUCCUCUGCCAGCCCCCGACCUACCCCACCGAUCGUCAUCUCUGUUGACUAUUUGCCCCCCCCGACCUUCCUGCAACCCCCCCCCCGCGCCCCCGGCCCCCGUAUCAUGGAUCACGCGUGAAGCCAGGACAUUUAAAAACCGCGAACAAAAUCUCAACUUCCACCAAAAACAAUACUCGGGCAUCUCUCUCUUCAACCAGCAGACCCACCCUCCUCCACCUGUCCCGCAGCCUUGAGAUGAAGCUGGCACCGUGGCUCCCGCUGCUGGCGCUGCUGCUGGGGUUGGCGCUGGAGCCCCAGCCGGCGAGCGCCUCGCUGGUCGUCGUGAACCGGGGCCUGGCGGUGCCGAGGGGCGGCCGGGCCCUGCUGACGAGCCAGGAGCUGCGGGUGGAGGAGACGGCGGCCGCCAGCGGUGACGCGUGCCGCCUGGAGGUGGUGCACAACGAGCCGAUCACGCAGCGAGCUGGCAAGGUGGCGCCGCACGUGUUCAACUGCCGCUGGGCCCCGGGGGAGGUGAGCUACACUCACCACGGCACUCCGCUGCUGGACCACGACCUCGUACUGCUGCGGCUCUACCGCUUCUCGGACUCGGACACGCAGCUGGAGCUGGUGCGCCUGCUCGUGACCAUCGCCGAGCCGGCGCCGGGCACCGCGCUGCUCCUGCCGGGCCCCUCGCCGCUCCGCGUCGCGUCGUUCAUGGGCACGAGCGGCGCCCUCGAUCGCUCCGUCCUGUCGCUGGCGCCCGACGCCGAGAACCCGGCGCGCGGCCGCAGCUGCUGGAUCCGCGUGCCGAGCGAGGAGACCGGCCUGCCGGCGCACGGCCGCCUCGUCGCGCCCCACCGCGACGGGGCGGCGGACGCGGAUUCCGGUCCGGAUCCGGAGGGCGGCCGGGGAGACACGCCGCACUCCUUCGGCGCCGGCGACGGCGGCGGAGAGUUGGCGCCACCGCCGUCGCCGGGCGGCGAGAGGUUGAGCGCGGUGGGAGCGGUGCUGGGCAGGGUGCCCUGCGAGCGCUUCCUGAGCAUGGGGCUGCGUUACGAGCACCUGAGCCCGCCGGGCCCCGACGUGGACUACGUGCCCCUGGUGCUGGAGAUCCGGGAUGGCUCGCGCGGCCAGCCGCACAAGGUGGAGCACAUGUGGCUGCCCGUGCACAUCGAGGGCGCCGUGCCCAACCAGCCGCCGCACGCCGCCCCCAUGUCGUCCUUCAUCCUGGAGGUGGACCAGUUCAUCCUGACGCCCAUCAGCGUCGCCUCGCUCGACGCCAAGGACGGCGAGACGCCGCGCCACGACCUGGUGUUCAACGUCACCGAGCCGCCCGCCGAGGGCUUCCUCACCCACCUGAGCGACCACACGCGGCCCGUCACCUCCUUCACCUGGAGGGACCUCAACGAAAUGCUCGUCGCGUACCAGCCGCCCAACUCGAGCCACGCCGAGCGACGCACCUACGAGGCGGAGUUCGAGGUUCACGACUCAUACUUCGCUCGGAGCGCCCCGCUGAUGCUCCACAUCUCCAUCCGCAACACGGAGACCAACGCGCCCCGCGUCUCCUGGAACAUGGGCCUGGACCUGCUGGAGGGGCAGUCGCGGGCCAUCACGUGGGACCGCUUCCAGGUGGUGGACAACGACGACUUGGCCGCUGUGCGCAUCCUCGCCGUGGACGGCCUGCAGCACGGGCGGCUCAGCGUGCGCGGAGGCAAGGGCUUCUCGUUCUCGGUGCGCGACCUGCGCGACGGCGCCGUGCGCUACCACCACGACGGCAGCGACGGCGCCCGCGACCACGUGGCGUUCCGCGUGACGGACGGCCGCCACUCUGCGCGCCACUCCUUCCCCGUGCGCGUGGCGCCCGUCGACGACACGCCGCCGGCGCUCGUCGUCGCGCUGGCGCUCGCCGCGUGCGCCGGAGAGACGGUGCCCGUCUCGCCCGAGGUGCUGCGCGCCAGCGACCCCGACGAGCCGCACGACGACGGCAGGGUGCUCUUCACCGUGACGGCGCCGCCCGCCGCCGGGCGGCUGCUCCGUAAGGACGAGCCGGGCGGCCCCGGGCAGCCCGUGGAGCGGUUCCUGCAGAGGGACCUCUUUGACGGCCUCAUCUUCUACGAGCACCGCGGCGGCAAGGAGCUGCACGACUCCUUCGAGUUUGUGCUCUCGGACACACACGAGCCUCCCAACGUGUCCGACAAGCAGACCAUGACGGUGCACGUGACGCCGGUGGACAACGAGGUGCCGCGUGAGGUCGCGGGCGGCGUCGGGCGCGCCCUGGCGGUGCGCGAGACGGAGCUGGCGGUGCUGACACGGGAGAUGCUGCGGUUCAGCGACGCCGACACGCCCCCACAAGAGCUGCUCUACGUCCUCGUGCGGCCCUGCCGAUUCGUGGACGGCGCCGGCGGAUCCCUGGACGCCGGGAAGCUCGUGUCAAUGGACAGCAUGACCAAGGCGACGAAAGACGCUUCGGUGGCUGAGAUCCGCUCCUUCACACAGCACGCCGUGAACCACAUGAAGGUGGCGUACAUGCCGCCCAUGGCCGACGUGGGGCCCUGGCCGCGGUCCGUGGAGUUUGCCUUCACCGUCACCGACCGGCACGGCGGCGUGGCCGAGGGCUUCACGUUCAACAUCACCGUGCUGCCCGUGGACAACCAGCCGCCACAGCUGGAGGUGUUCCCCGUGCACGUGGACGAGGGCGCGUGGUGCGCCCUGGGGGAGGAGGCGCUCUCCGUGUGGGACGCCGACUCGGAGGCGGCGGCGCUGGCGCUGCUCGUGUCGCGCCGCCCGCGCCACGGGGAGCUGCUGCUCGACGGCGUCGCGCUGCUCGAGGGCGACCGCUUCACGGCGGCGCACGUACGGGACCUGCGGCUCACUUAUCAGCACGACAGCUCGGAGACGCUGGAGGACGACGUCGUGAUCACGGCCACCGAUGGCACCAACACCGCAGAGGGAGUCCUUCACAUUCAGGUCUCCCCCGUCAAUGACGAGUCCCCCCAGCUGCUGGCCGGGCUGCUCCCCGAGCUGCCGUGCCCCGAGGGGGGCGCGGUGCCCGUGACGGUGGCCCACCUGGCGGCGCGCGACGCCGACAGCGCGACGGGCCGCCUCCUCUACCUGGUGGCGCGGGCGCCGUCGCUCGGCGCGCUCACGCGGGCCGGCGUGCCCACGCUGCGCUUCACGCAGGGGGACGUCGCGCGGGGGCUCAUCGCGUACACUCACACGGGAGGGGAAAUCGGACUGCAUCCCGUCCACGACACGGUGACGCUGGUGCUGUCCGACGCCGAGGCUGGCAGCAGAGCGGACGGCGCCGGCGGCGACGACGACGACGACGGUGCAGAGGGAGGCGAGCCGCCCCCGCUCCCCGCUCACGACUCGCUGCCCAUCCACGACCUCAACAUCACCGUGACGCCCGUCGACAACGAAGCGCCGUCGCUCACCGUGGGCGCGGUGCUACUGGUAGAGGAGGCGGGCCGCGUCCGCGUGUCGGCGGAGCACCUGACGGCGCUGGACCCCGACACGCCGCCAGAGCGGCUGCUGCUCGUGCUGGUGGCGCCGCCGCGCUUCGGCUUCGUGGAGAACACGCGGCCGUCGCCCGGCCACGAGCGCAGCAACGCCGGCAUCAGCGUCGGCUCGUUCUCGCUGCACGACCUGCUGGCGGGCCACGUGAACUACGUGCAGUCGCGCCACGAGCGCGUGGAACCCACGGGCGACCAGCUGGCGCUGCACGCGACGGACGGCGAGCGGCGCUCACGCGACCUCGUCCUGCACGUGCUCAUCGCGCCCGCCAACGACGAGCCGCCCGCCCUCGUCGCGCACAACAUCACGGUGCUGGAGGGACACAGCAGGGAGCUGGGACCGUCGGUCAUCGACGCCGUCGAUCUGGACGUCCCCGCCGACGCCCUCCGCUUCUCCGUGGUGGCGGAGCCCCGGCACGGGAUCCUCGUGUGCGGCGCUCGUGGCGCCGACCCCACGCGGCGGCGCCGGCUCACGGGGACGCAGCAGCACGACGGCGCGGAGAGCCACGCCGGCGGCGAUGACGCCGUGAUGACGUCGUUCGGCAUGGAGCAGCUCAAGCAAGGCCUGGCGCUGACGUACGUCCACGACGGCUCGGAGAGCGCCGACGACGCGUUCUCGGUGCGCGUGUGGGACGGGGCGCACGCCGCCACGGCCACCGUCAACGUGCGCGUCCAGCCGGUCAACGACGAGCCACCGCGCCUUACGCGGAACGCCGGGGCGUGGGUGGAUUGGGGCGAGAGCCGCGUGAUUUCCAGCGCCGAGUUGGACUCUGAGGACGGAGACACGGGACGCGACGGCGUCUCCUUUGUGCUCGCCGGCGCGCCCCAGCAGGGCUCGCUGCAGCACAAGUCGGACGGGGGCGAGUGGCGUGAGCUCCUCGCCGGCGCCGCCUUCUCCCAGGAGGACGUGGACGAAAACCGCGUGCGCUACCGGCACCGCGCGGCGCCGGCGCCGGCGGCGGCGGCGCUGCACGACUCGUUCCGCUUCACGCUCACUGACGGGGACAACGCUGCCCCCACUUCCUCCUUCGUCGUCUCCAUUCGCGAUGCGCUCAAGGGUGACAUCGCUUUGCGGACGGGCCGCGUGUCGGUGGCGGCGCGCGACUCCGCGUCGCUGUCGGCCGACGCGCUGCUCGCGAGCGACGCCUCGGGCCGCCCCGACGAGCUGCUGUUCGUGGUGACGGCGCCGCCGGCGCUCGGGCGCCUGGAGCUGGCGUCGAGCCCGGGCGUCGGCGCGGGGAGGUUCACGCAGGCGGACGUGGCGGCGGGCGCCGUGCGAUACGUGCACACGGGGCCCGCGGGAGCCGCGCGCGACUCGUUCAGUUUCCUGGUGAGCAAUGGCCUCCGCACGAAGCUAGGCUCGGUGGACAUCGACGUCGAGUCCCGGGACGUCCUGCCGCCCACGCUGGAGCGCAACGGCGGCCUGCGCCUCGCCGAGGGGACGCUGGCGGCCAUCACGAGCGCCGCCCUCCAUCUCACCGACCCCGACACGGCCCCCCAGGACCUCCGCUACGUCGUCACGGAGCCCCCCAGACACGGCGCCCUGUACCUUCGAGGACAGCUGCUGGCAGUGGACGAAUCGGGCUCGCCGGCGUUCACCCAGCUCGACGUCGACCAAUCGGACGUGGCGUACCGGCACUCGGGAGGACCCGCUCACCUCGACCACUUCUCCUUCCUGGUUCGCGACCCCACCGACCAGGGCGUCCUAUUGGAGGGACGGCUCACGCCACAGCCAAUCGUCUUCAGCAUUCAGGUGGAGCCUCUGGACCGCGUGGCACCGCGCGUCACGCUGCUCUCUCCCCCGCGCUCCGUCGAGUCGCUCCGGGGCGGCCGCUACGGAAUCCGCAUCACGAUCCGUCACCUCCGUGCCACCGACCACGACGACGACGCCGCCGGCAACGACGAGGACAUCACUUUCUCCAUCAUGCGGCCGCCCCUCUACGGAUACUUGGAGAACACCGCCAAUGGUGACUUCAUCCGCGGGAGCUUCUGCCAGCGAGAGCUGAGAGAGAAGCGCGUGAUGUACAUCGUCAACCCCUCGCUGGACGUCACGGAGGACAGCCUGGAGUUCCGCGUGUCCGACAGAGCCGGCAACACGGGGGAGACGCAGACCCUGCAGCUGGAGUGGGCGCGUGUGCAGAUGGCGGAGGUGUCGGUGCGCGUAUGCGAGAACGUCGGCACGCUGGCGGUGAGGUUGCUGCGUAGUGGCUGUGCCCAGGACUCGGCGUUCGUCGGAAUCAAGGUGCGAGGGUUAUCAGCUGUUGUCGGCAAGGACUUCACGCACAGCUCGGCCUCUCUCGUGCAGUUCGAUCCAGGCGUCACUUCCAGGACGUGGAACGUGGCGAUAAAGGACGACGGGCUGGAGGAGGCCACGGAGCGGCUGCGUGUUUAUCUGCACGCGCCCGUCAACGCCGUGCUGGGCGCGCAGGACAGCACGCUCGUCGCGAUAGCCGAUGGGACGGCCGGCCGCUGCGACACAUCGCACGGCGGGGAUUUGGACGACGGCGGCGACGACGACGACGACGACGCUGCCGCUCCGCUCACGAUCCGCAUGGAGUCGCUGCAGCCCGGCUACGUGUCGGUGCGCGGUGACGUGCCGGACUUCCACGAGAAGCUGUCCGGUCGUGGCGCCGGCGGUGGAGGAGGAGGAGCUGGGGGAGGAGGAGCUGGGGGAGGAUCGUGGCACGUGCCAGGCCAACUCGACGUGGCGGCCGGGAGACCGGUUGUUGCCGCACCCCGGCAGACGGCACGGCUGCGCGCCAUCGGCUCGGGCAAAGUGGUGCCUCCGUCCUCCGUCAUCAGGAACAAGACGGACGUCAUGUGGACGUACCACGGCCUCGUGCCGCUACGUCUGGAGAAGGAAGCGGUUGGCGGCGCGGCGCUAUCGCAGGCGAGCGUGUCGGUGCGGGCCCGCCAGGCUCCCGAGAGCCUCCCUUUCUCGCCCGCUGCCUACCCGCCACAAGAGCCGCCUGUUCAGGCAGACAAACCAGCACCGGCCCCAGGCCCGCAAGACUCCCAGCAACAGGUGUUCGCUGAAUCCACCUUUCCCAAGCAUUGUACCCCGGAACUGAAAGAUCUCAUGCACUUUGACGCGAACAGCAAUCGGCUGUUCAAGUGCGAUGGGAUUACGUGGCGUGCCUGGGACCCCAAGCACACGGAGGCGGUGGGGCGGCGGUGCCCGUCGGCGUGGACGCUCCACGGGGGACGCUGCUUCCUGCUCGUGGCCUCCGUGUCCGCCAACUGGGCCGAGGCCGAGCGGAGCUGCCGGCAGAUUCACGACGGCUCCCUGGUGAGCGUGCGGUCCCGGGAGGAGAUGUCCUGGCUCUGGGACUUUGGCAGCCGCCAGCCAUUCUGGAUCGGCCUGAGCGACCGGCAGGAGGAGGGCAGCUGGCAGUGGAGCAACGGCGACCCGGUCACCUUCACCAACUGGCGAGGGGGCGGCCGCUCCGAACGCGACGCGGCCCCACGCGGGGGCGGCGGCGGCGGGCGGCGUCGGAGGCCCCGCGGGGGGGCCCACGGCGGCUGCGUCCUGGCCCAGCAGAGGGGGAAGUGGGCCAGGCGGGGGUGCAGGGGGGGCGCGUCGCUCCCCUACGUGUGCGUGCGAGAAUGAUGCCCUCCCCUUCCCGACGGAAGGCAAGGCAAGGUUGGGCCUUGGGGGGGAGGCUAGAAGGGGCGGCCACAACGUGAAGUUUCUCUUCCAAGCAGGAAUCUCGACCACGGAACUCCACCGGCAUCAACUCUCCGCCGUCGCCGCGCGUUGCCGUUCGGCGCGAUGCCCGCGACGUUUCGCUCCACGUGUGUGCCCCACGCGCUCGAUCACCGAUCGAAUCGAAGCUCCCCAACGCGUGGUUACAGCAAGUGUGGACUAAUCGCCAUCUGUCUCCAUCUGUACGAGGCUUGAGCGUUGUUGUCCCCCACGCUCGCUCGGGUGCUCCGGUUUCCUCCCCACGUGACUAAACAAUAAACACAACUCAUCACAGAUUGGCUGAAAGCAUCUUUUCGAAUACAAAUCUAGUGUAGCAGCAGCGGCAGCACCCUCCUGAUGAAGAGUCCUGUGACUCAGCGUGACUCUCCUGGAUUAUUAAGCAAGAUGGAGUAUGACUAUACUUUACCACGCUGGUCAGUGCGGGUUGGUGAAGGUGGAAGAGUUGGGGGGGGGGGAGUUGGAUUGGUGGUAUUCCCAGGACCGGUUCCGAUGUCACUCGAUGUUAGCGGUAGACGAGAAUCGUGCGCCAAUCGCUGCACCACCACUCCCCGCUGCGAUUAACUCCUUCCAAUUCCGAUGACGUACGUGUACGUCGUCAGUUUUUCGCGUGUGCCAUCGGAACGGAAUCGGAAGUAGAAGGCCACGCGGCAGGGCGAGUGGCACAGUUUGGCGCCAGCUGUCGUAGAGCGGCGGCGGUCGUGUCGUCACGGUUCUCCGCGGCGAGUAACGACGUCUUUAAAAACAGCGGCGCUACGACGCCUCCCCAAAUCAAAUUAACGCUGAGCCUCUUGCGCGUUCUGAGAUUCAGCGGUGAACGGGACCCCCCCCCAACCGCCCGGUCCCCGCCCUGCAACUUGUAGACGUCUCGGAGCGGGGUUCUCGCGCGAGACGUGUCGAUGGGAAAGUGUUCGGAGCGCCGUUCGAAACGGCAGCAAAAACACCACCGCACGUCCCGUAAGAAGAGAUCAUUCGUUUGGAUCAUGUUCUUGCCUCGAAGCUCGGACCGAACCGUGCUCUGCUCGCUCCCGUCGUCGUAAACUCCUUCCAUAGCCUAACCUAGUGUGGUGUUGCGCACGCGUUUUGUAACGAAACGAGAGUUAUAUUUUUUAAAAAGCAGUAUUUGUUGCCAGUGUAUAUUCACGGGACGUGUUUCUCGACGAAUGCUUGCGGUUACAGGUACGUCUGCGUUCCCACCGCAUUGUGUAAUAAAUCGACUCCAACUUA